AAUGGGUACGCUCCACUUAAAUAACGGAUCCUGUUUCAGUUGCAGCGAGAGUGAGAAGAAUGUCUGCGAUUUCGUCAUGGUGGGAGAUCAAUGCUUUGGAAUGGGCAACGAUUGGGAUGGUAGCGGCGCCCUUUUUGUUAUAUAUGUUGUCGCACAAGCAGGGAGAAGAACCGCGGAGGUGGCCCGUGGUGGGCAUGUUGCCGUCCGUGAUAACGAAUUUUAAGCGCAUAUACGACUGGGAAACUGAGGUGCUGAGGGCCACGGGUGGAACUUACAUUUUCCGAGGUGCCUGGAAAUCCAAGCAAGACUGUGUUAUCUCCUGUGACCCGCGGAACAUUGAAUACGUCCUCCACACCAACUUCGCCAAUUUCCCCAAGGGCGAGGACUUCUACGCCGAGUUUUAUGACCUUCUCGGCGAUGGUAUCUUCAAUGCCGACGGCCUCGAGUGGCGGCGCCUCCGCAACACCGCCGCCCUACACUUCUAUUCCCGCCCCUUCCGCCGCUUCACCGCCGACACGCUCCGACAUAUCGUGCAGACUAAGCUCCUCCCGCUCUUGACAGACGCCGCCGAGACGGGGGCGCCGCUCGACUUGCAGGACGUUUUCUUGCGCUUUACUUUUGACAACACCUGCACUCUGGUCUUCGGACGGAGCCCUGGCUGUCUGGCGCCCGGUCUGCCGCUCGUGCCCUUUGCGAAGGCUUUUGAUGAUGCUGUGGAGGCCACUUUCUACCGCCAUCUUACGCCUCGCGCCUGCUGGAAACUCAUGCGGUUUUUAAAACUCGGAAAGGAGAGGCAGUUUUACAAAGCUUUGAAACCGCUGCGGCAGUUCAUGGACGAGCUCAUUGGUUACAAGAAGAAAACAAUGGGACAAGGAGAGGCAAAAGAUCUGCUGUCGCGUUUCAUGGAGGAGAAAAGCCAUUACGACGACAAGUUUCUUCGCGAUGCAGUCAUGAAUUUCGUGAUAGCGGGGAGGGACACCUCCGGCGUGGCGCUGGCCUGGUUCUUCUGGCUUCUCUAUCGCCAUCCCUCCAUAGAAGAGAAGAUCGUGGAAGAGCUCUAUGCCGUCUUAAGGAGAAGGGACGGCGGCUUAAUCUUUCUAGACUUUGAGCAGCCCUUCACGGUGAGGGAGCUGGAAGAAUGCGUGUAUUUGCAGGCGGCACUCACAGAGACUUUGAGGCUUUACCCUUCGAUUCCACACGACCACAAGGGCGUGCUAAACAGGGACGUCCUUCCAGACGGGACGUCUAUUGAGCCUGGCAUGCGAUUCCUCUAUAGCAUUUACUCUCUGGGUCGCAUGGAAUCCAUUUGGGGGCCCGAUUGCAUGGAAUUCAAGCCCCAGCGAUGGCUUGAGACCAGCAAGGAGGGCGCAAUGGCGAUGAAAAGAGAGUCGCCGUACAAGUUCAUGGCGUUCAAUGCCGGGCAGAGAGUGUGUUUGGGGAAGGAGAUGGCGUACGCGCAGAUGAAGGCCGCCGCCGCCGCCAUCGUUUUGCGAUUUCGUGUGCGAGUGAAGGAGAAUGUGGAGGUUAAGGCCAAGAUGUCUCUCGUUCUCGCCAUGAAGAACGGCCUUUGGGUCACCCUGGAAAAACGUAAUCUCAAAACUAUCAAUGCCUUCUGACAUGUACGUUAGUUGGAGUAAAUUGUUGCUUGCAGAAGAAACUUGGUUGCAAGGUUUAGUGGUAGUUGGUGAUUAUGUUCUCAGUUUUGAAUUCUAUAGACCAAGCGAUGUAGUAGACAUCAUUAAAAAAAUCUUUAUUCAUUCAUCGUGCAGGUA